UGAACUAGAUAAAGUAGCAUGGAGGACUGGGAGCUAAUGUUGUGAAAUUGUCCCAGAAGUGUUGUUGAAGUCAUAAUUACUAUUAAACAUGUAUUGUUCUUUUGAAUUUAGGAGUUGACAGUUUGCACAAGAGCCAGUUUUCCAGAUUAACCAAUUUUCAAAGUUCUGAUGUUAGGUGGAGUCCUGGCCCCAGUGAAUUGUUUCUAGUAUAAAGUACUGAGUUAAUUAAGCUUUGAGCAUUUCUGGUAUCUUCUUCUGCAUGAGACAGAGAGAGAAAAAAAUAUAGCAAAGAGAUAAUGUCAGAUUAGGCUCAAAAUAUGUUUGUUUGUUUGUUUUUAAAGGGACUUACAAAGCCUAAUGCAAAAUAGGUUUUCAUCAAAUUAAACCUAUGAAAACUUAAAAAAAAAAAAAAAAAAAAUUAACCCUCCCACCAAAGGGAAGCCCAACACAGCUGCAUGUGCUUAGGCAUUUCAGAUUGAUCAGUCCUCAUUUUGCUGUGAAAUGCAUACAUUAAGAAAAGUCACUUUUGUUAGUAACGUAGGUGAGAGUUUUUGAAAGUGUUCCUCUGAACAUUUCAUUUGAAAUUUUUCGCCAUUUCUCUCUGUUCUCCUUCUCCACCCAAAAAAUAAUUAUUUCAUUUGUAGUCAGGUUGGCAGAGCAGCGUCAGAGGAGCCUGCAGCCAGUCAACUGUAUGUUGCCACAAACUGAAUCAUAUUCUCGGUUUGAUGGGUAAGGAGUCCUGGAUGCACUUGUCGUGUGCAUGGACUUGCUUCAAAAGGAAACAAUAGGAAAGAAAUAUGAGAAACGACACAUUGAGGUGUUUACAGACCUUAGCAGUCCCUUCAGUGAGGAUCAGCUGGAAAUUAUCAUCGCUAACUUGAAGAAAACAGGAAUCUCACUGCAAUUUUUCUUGCCGUUUCCAGUGGAUGAUAAUGAGGGAAGUGGGGAUACAGGUGAUGGUCGACAUUCUGAUAUGUACAGAAAGUCUUUUCCAAGGAAGGGCUUAACCGAGCAGCAGAAAGAAGGCAUCUGUAUGGUGAGAAAAUUGAUGUUUGCUUUAGAGGAAGGAGGAGGCCUGGAUGAAAUUUACACUUUCAGAGAGAGCCUGGAGCGUCUUUCAAUGUUUAAGAAAAUCGAAAGAAGACCUAUGGCUUGGCCCUGCCAGCUAACGAUAGGUUCUAAUCUGUCUAUAAGGAUUGUGGCAUACAAAUCACUCGCCGAAGAGAAGCUGAAAAAGUCCUGGACUCUUGUGGAUGCCAAGACCUUAAAAAAAGAAGAUGUGCAAAAAGAGACUGUCUACUGCUUGAACGAUGAUGAUGAAACAGAAGUUCCGAAAGAUGAUCUUGUUCAAGGGUUCCGCUAUGGGAGCGAUAUAGUUCCUUUCUCUAAAGUAGAUGAGGAGCAAAUGAAAUACAAAACCGAAGCAAAGUGUUUUUCAGUAUUAGGAUUCAGCAGAUCAUCUCAGAUACAGAGGCAUCACUACAUGGGCACCCAGGUUCUGAAGGUCUUUGCAGCGAAAGAUGAUGAGGCUGCAGCAGUUGCUCUUUCUGCUCUGAUUCAUGCUUUGGAUGAGUUGGAUGUCGUGGCCAUAGUACGUUAUGCUUAUGACAGAAGAUCUAAUCCUCAGGUUGGCGUAGCCUUUCCAUGUAUCAAGGAUGCAUAUGAGUGUCUGAUAUAUGUGCAGUUACCCUACAUGGAAGACUUACGACAAUACAUGUUUUCCUCUUUGAAAAACAAUAAAAAGUGCACUCCUUCAGAGGAUCAGUUAUCUGCAGUUGACUCUCUGAUUGAUUCUAUGAGUUUGGUUUAUGAAGAUGAUGAUGGGGAGACAACCGAAGACAUAUUUAAAACCAGCAAAAUACCAAACCCUCAGUUUCAGAGGUUAUAUCAGUGCCUGCAGCAUAAGGCUUUUCAUCCUGACAAGCCACUGCCACCCAUUGAACAGCAUCUUUUAGAAAUGUUGGAGAUACCUCAAGAGGUGAGAGAAAGAUGCCAGGCUCCUCUUGAAAAAAUAAAGGCACUUUUUCCCCUGAAAGAUGCUGGCAAGAAGAAAGAACAGAAGACUGCUCAAGAUGUCUUCAAAGACAACAAUGAAGAUGGACCCAGUACUAAAAAGGCAAACGCUGAAAAUGAAGAAGGCAGCUUUAGCAUCGCAAACCUUGCUGAAGGCAAUGUCACCACUGUUGGAAGUAUUAACCCAGCAGAAAACUUCUGUGUUCUUGUGAGGCAGAAGAAUGCUAACUUCAAGGAAGUGAGCCAGCAGCUGGUAAACCGCAUUGAACAGUUUUUGGAAACUAAAGGUUUACAGUACUAUAUGAAGAGCAUUGACUGUAUUCGAGUUUUCAGAGAGGAGGCCAUUAAGCUGUCAGAGGUGCCGUGCUUUAAUGAUUUCCUGCAGGCCCUAAAAGAAAAGGUGGAAGACCAAACCUUAGCGGAUUUCUGGGAGAUUCUGAUACAAGAUGGAAUUUCUUUGAUCACCAAAGAUGAAGCAGAAGGUAGUUCAGUGACUAGUGACGAAGCCAAAAAGGUAUUGCUUUUACACUCUUACUUAUCUAUAUAAAGCCUUUGCUAUUCCAGAGAAGACAUUUUUUUAUAUGGAUGAACCUUUAAGUGAAUGAAAUAGGGCCUGAAUGAAUGGAGAAUGGAGUCCUUGGACCAUAGAAGUUAUGGGGCCUCAACUUGGGGACAUUUCUCUCUUAAUGCGCACCAUAU